CCCAUUACGAUCGAAGGUCACGCGUAAAAGUGUUUGUUUCGUUCAUAAUUAAAGUACUUAACAAAGUUUAUAUAUACAUAGAUAUUUCAUACAUAUUAAUGUGUACGAUGUAUGUAUAUCUUGGCAAUAGUAAUACUGUGAUGUAAUUACGCUUUAAUAGCAGUUGUAUGUACAUACGAAAGAUCAUAGUGAAAAGAUUUAACGUAAUGAUAAAUCAGACUUUGUGGCGCCUGUGUGAUAAUGUAAAGUAUUUUAAUCGGUGCUGAAUGCUCCGAUCUGUAUGUAUUUACAAUAGUGCUAAAGUGUAAAAGAAAUAGAUUAUUUGUGACGCUGAACUCGCAUGCAAUUAACAAAGAAAAUUCUGCAAAGCAAUGUACUAAAGAAACUUGCCAUCUUCAAAUUAGUUAAAUAAUUGUAAAGAAAAAGUGCAAAUGUCUGUAGUAGUGGAUACGAUAAAAGAAGCAUCUCUUUCAAUGGAAAUGAAUUUACAGGACAAAGAUGUCACAAAGAAAGAAGAAAAACAUACUGGAACCGAUGGAAUUUCGAAUACACAAAGGGUAUGGACAAGCUUGGUAUCAGGUGCCAUUGCAGGAGCAUUGGCAAAAACAACUAUAGCACCUUUGGAUCGCACAAAAAUAAACUUUCAAAUUUCGAACCAAAAAUAUUCGGCAAGAGCAGCGAUUAAUUUUUUGAUAAAAACUCUUAAAACAGAGGGUUUACUGAGCCUAUGGCGUGGAAAUAGUGCAACUAUGGUUAGAAUUAUUCCAUAUUCUGCUGUUCAGUUCACAGCACAUGAACAGUGGAAGAGAAUUCUAGGAAUAAAUGGAUCAGAAAGAGGAAAACCUGGUUUAAACUUUCUUGCUGGUUCAUUGGCGGGUAUAACAUCUCAAGGUACAACUUACCCUCUGGAUUUAAUGAGAGCAAGGAUGGCUGUAACACAGAAGGCUGAAUAUAGAACAUUGCGACAGAUUUUUGUACGUAUUUACAUGGAAGAGGGAAUAUUAGCCUAUUACCGUGGAUUUCCUGCAACAUUACUCGGUGUCAUUCCCUACGCUGGAUGUAGCUUCUUCACCUACGACCUACUUAGGAAUCUGUUGACUGUGUACACGGUGGCUAUUCCUGACUUCUCGACAUCACUGAUUUGCGGCGGCAUUGCCGGAAUGAUUGCUCAGACUAGCAGCUAUCCGUUGGACAUCGUUCGGAGAAGAAUGCAGACCUCGGCAAUCAAGGGACAAGAUUAUCAUACAAUUAAGUCGACUGUAACGAAAAUUUACAAAGAAGAAGGUAUAAUGGCCUUCUAUAAAGGAUUGAGCAUGAAUUGGGUGAAAGGCCCAAUCGCCGUAGGAAUCAGUUUUGCUACGCACGAUACGAUUCGCGAUGCAUUAAGGAAAUUUAUUGUCUGUCAAAAUAACUCACAAAAUUAAUAUAAAGAUAUGUUGUUAAGUACCAUAUGCAAUUAGAAAAACUAAAAGGAAACUACUAAUUAUUCGUUAACAUAGAACAUCAAUUAUACAUAUACACGAAUACACUUUCAUCUGCUGGAAAGUUCUUUGAACUUCAAAAAAUAAUUAACAAAGUAGUAAAUACAAUAUAAUUUUCAAAGGGCGUGUUUCAAAAGGCAGGGAGAAUAUUAGUACAAAUGAUUCAUGUAUAUAUAUUGUUAUUUAAAAUGUUAUAAAAAACUGUUAAACAACUGAAAAAAAUACAUGUCAUUAAAGGCUGAAGAAGUCAGCAAGACACAA